AUGCUCGAUCGCGCGUUUGUCUGUGCUGGCUGCACAGCACGUCUGACUCGCCCAUCUUUGCGGGUCUCCUCAAUCCCCGCCCGGUCUUUUUUGAGGCGAUUGAACAGUCAUGUGGCUCCGGGGAAUCGGCCCAUUCGAGUUGCCAUUGUCGGCUCCGGACCUGCCGGGUUUUACGCGGCAGCUCGCCUUCUGAGCAAGCAGGAAGAUGUCAAAGUUGACAUGUUCGAGAAAUUGCCGGUGCCAUUUGGAUUGGCUAGAUAUGGUGUAGCCCCGGACCAUCCCGAGGUCAAGAAUUGUGAAGACAAAUUUACCGAAGUUGCAACGUCCCCACGCUUCAGCUUCGUUGGUAAUAUCGACCUCGGCAAAGACCUACCAUUCUCCGCCCUCAAGCCCCACUACGACGCUAUUCUUUUCGCAUACGGUGCAUCCAAGGACAAGGAGCUGGGUAUUCCGGGGGAGCAAGCUUUGCGCAGUGUAUACUCAGCUCGGUCUUUUGUUGGUUGGUACAAUGGUCUCCCCGAACACAGAGAUCUGAACCCAGACCUAGCCGGCGAGGACGCGGUGAUUGUCGGACAAGGAAAUGUGGCACUCGACGUCGCCAGAAUUCUAUUGUCCGAUGUAGACGCUCUUCGGAAGACGGAUAUAGCCGCUCAUGCUCUGGAAGCAUUAGCACAAAGUCGGGUCAAGCGGGUACGGGUGGUCGGUCGCCGAGGCCCGUUGCAGGCCGCUUUCACCAUCAAGGAAGUCCGGGAGCUUCUCCAAUUGCCGUCCGUCUCAUUCGAACCAAUCCGGAAAGAUCUUAUGCCUCCAGACUCAUUUAUCAACGGGCUACCGCGGGCGCAGAAGCGGUUGAUGCAGCUUCUCGCGAAGGGAUCUGCCAAUGACCCGCAAAUUGCGACCAAGUCAUGGUCUCUAGAUUUCCUCCUCUCUCCUGAGUGCCUCAAUUGGUCCCCGACCCACCCGUACCACCUUUCACAUACUAAAUUCUCUCGCAACGAACUCGACCCGUCCGAUCCCUACAGCCCCAGCUCGAAAGUUACACCGAAGACCCUUGGGAAUGGGAAACGUGCAGAAGUGAAUAUCACAAGCAGUGUUUUCUUCCGAAGCGUCGGCUACAAGUCUCUUCCCCUGCCAGGGCUUGAAGAUUUGGGAAUUGAAUUUGAUUCUCGGCGCGGUGUGAUCCCCAAUGAUGGAUUCGGUCGAGUGAAUGGCCCCGCGGAUGGGGGAGAAACCCAAAAAUUACCCGAUGGCUCCUUGAUCUCCCAUCUUCCCGGUCUAUACUGUGCCGGAUGGGUUAAGCGAGGUCCGACGGGUGUCAUUGCUUCCACUAUGACCGACGCCUUCACGACAGCGGAUACUAUUAUCCAGGACUUGGCAAGUCACAAUGGCUCUCUUUUACAUGCACCUGGCCACGGCACUUCCCUUGGCUGGGAUGGGGUCAAGGAGACUGCAAAACAACGUGGUCUCCGGGCAACUUCAUGGGAAGACUGGCAACACAUCGACGCCAUCGAGCGUAAGAAUGGUGAGCAGAAGGGCAGGCCCCGAGAAAAGUUCACUCGUGUUGAAGAAAUGUUGGAGGCUCUUGAUUGA